GUUGCCCCUUGGCCCUUGCCCAUUUUUCUGUGUGUUUUAACCAGAGGAGAAGCCCAAAACAACACGAAGCCCUCUCGCCUCGAACCCAACCGUCCCGCCGCCCGAAACCAAUCCACCGCCACUCGUCGCCGCCACGCCGGCAGUCACCUGCCUCGCUUCCGACCGCCGGAUACCGCACCUCCGCGACGCGUCGCCCCCGCUCCCCGAGUUUUUUUCAGCGAGGCAACCGCCGCCGCCGCGGCUGCCACGUCGCCGAGCUACACGGCGAGGCCGUCGUCCCCAAGCUACGCCGCACGGAUUGAUUUCUCUCUUUCAGGAGGCGGAGAAAAGCACCCCGAACGCUCCGGGGGUUGAUUGGGUGGGUGGGUGGGGGGGGGGGCGGUCGGUGAUGUCGUCGAGCAGGUUCUCGCCGGCGCUGCAGGCGUCGGAUCUCAACGACUUCAUCGCCCCCUCGCAGGACUGCAUCAUAUCCCUCAACAAGAACACCUCCUCCUCCCGCCGCCUCCAGAUCAAACAAAAGGAAAAUGCAGUGAGCACAAAACCUGCAGAGGAAGCAGUCAAGAUUUCACUAAAAGACUGUCUGGCAUGCAGUGGCUGUAUAACAUCAGCAGAGACUGUUAUGCUCGAGAAGCAAAACUUGAGUGACUUCAUUACUCGCAUAAACUCCAAUAAAGCUGUUAUUGUAUCUGUGUCUCCCCAGUCAAGAGCAUCACUAGCUGCAUUCUUCGGUCUUACUCAAUCACAGGUUCUCAGAAAACUGACUGCUUUGUUCAAGUCGAUGGGUGUAAAGGCUAUUUAUGACACAAGCUCUAGUCGAGAUCUGUCCCUAAUUGAAGCAUGCAAUGAAUUUGUUUCACGCUAUCAGAAAAAUCAAUCAUCUAGUGGCAAAGAAGGUGGAACCAAUCUUCCCAUGCUGUCAUCUGCAUGCCCAGGUUGGAUAUGCUAUGCCGAAAAGACUCUUGGUUCAUAUAUCCUACCUUAUAUAUCAUCUGUGAAGAGCCCUCAACAGGCAAUUGGCGCAGCCAUUAAGCACCAUAUGGUUGAAAAACUCGGUCUCAAGCCAUAUGAUGUCUAUCAUGUUACUGUUAUGCCCUGUUAUGAUAAGAAGCUAGAAGCUGUCCGGGAUGAUUUCAUAUUCUCAGUGGAUAAUAAAGAAGUUCCAGAGGUGGAUUCGGUACUGACAACUGGUGAAGUGUUGGACUUGAUACAGUCCAAAUCUGUCGAUUUCAAGAUACUAGAGGAAUCUUCCUUGGACAGAUUACUAACAAAUGUUGAUGAGGAAGGCCAUCUAUAUGGUGUUUCCGGAGGCUCUGGAGGUUACGCAGAAACAGUCUUUCGCCAUGCAGCACGUGUACUCUACAAGAGUGAAAUAGAGGGUCCUCUUGAUUUCAGGAUCUUGCGAAAUUCAGAUUUGCGUGAACUUACACUGGAGCAGGUGGAGGGCAAACCUGUUUUGAAGUUUGCACUUUGUUAUGGAUUCAGAAACCUUCAGAACAUCGUUAGAAAGAUUAAGAUGGGAAAAUGUGAAUACCACUUUAUUGAAGUUAUGGCGUGUCCUUCAGGUUGUCUGAAUGGAGGAGGUCAAAUAAAGCCUGUACAAGGCCAAUCUGCCAAGGAACUUAUCCAGCUACUGGAGAAUGUGUACACCCAAGAUGUAUCAGUAUCCAACCCCUUUGAUAACCCUAUCACGAAAAGAUUAUACGACGAAUGGCUGGGGCAACCUGGUUCAGAGAAUGCAAAGAGGUAUUUGCACACGGAUUAUCACCCAGUGGUGAAAAGUGUGGCCUCACAGUUACAGAACUGGUGAUAGAGGCUCGUUGUUGCACUGGGAAUUCCUAUGGCCUUCAAGAGCCAAGAGGGACUUGCACAAGUCAUCAUGGUGUCCUGUCCUGUCCUGCUCAUGCUAAGAAAAUAUGGAUCACACAGAAACUACAAACAUCUGCAAAGUUUUUUGCUUUAUUGGAGCAAAUGAAUUUUGUUAGGCUAUAGGUUUUCACCUGCUUUCUCGGUAAUGCUGUAUACUACCGCAAGGGAAAAACAGUAAAAUGUUGUGUGUAAAAAUGAACAAAAUAUGUCUCAAUGACCUUUUUAUUGUUCGGCUCAAUUCUUUUGUCAAGAAACAGAGAGCUUUGUUGAUAACUCAAUAACUGUUUUACAUUCU